AUGUUGUCGCAAAUGAUUAAGCCUUCCACCAUGCGGUCCGCAGGGUUCCUGGGACGAAUGACAAAGAACCGUGUACAGGCACGCUCCCUUGCUACUGUUGAAGGAAACACUCAGCGUGCCAUUCCUACUCCUAGCAUGCGCAGGGCCACGGCUGUUUCCAACGAACCUGCUACUUUCACAAUCAAAAACGGACCCAUCUUCGAAGGCAAGUCUUUCGGAGCCAAGACCAACAUCUCCGGAGAAGCCGUCUUUACUACUUCUCUUGUCGGUUACCCCGAAUCUAUGACCGACCCAUCCUACCGUGGCCAAAUCCUCGUCUUCACACAACCAUUGAUUGGCAACUACGGUGUUCCUUCCAACGCCCGUGACGAGCAUGGCUUGCUCCGAUACUUCGAAUCCCCGCACAUCCAAGCUUCUGGCAUUGUCGUUCAGGACUAUGCCUUGAAGCACAGCCACUGGACAGCUGUCGAGUCACUCGCAGCAUGGUGUGCUCGUGAGGGAGUUCCCGCCAUCUCUGGCGUUGACACCCGUGAGGUCGUGACAUACCUCCGUGAGCAAGGUUCCUCUCUUGCUCGUAUCUCAAUUGGUGAGGAGUACGAUGCCGAUGAGGACGAGGCAUACAUCGACCCUGAGGCUAUUAACCUUGUGCGUCGUGUAUCCACCAAGGCUCCCUUCCAUGUCAGCUCUUCUUUGGGCGAUAUGCACGUAGCUUUGAUCGACUGCGGUGUCAAGGAGAACAUUCUCCGCAGUCUCGUCUCUCGCGGUGCCAGCGUCACCUGCUUCCCCUUCGACUACCCCAUCCACAAGGUUGCCCACCACUUCGACGGUGUAUUCAUCUCCAACGGCCCCGGUGAUCCAACUCAUUGCACGACCACCGUCCACAACCUCCGCAAGCUGUUCGAGACUUCCCAGGUUCCCGUCAUGGGUAUCUGCAUGGGUCACCAGCUCAUCGCCCUUGCUGCUGGUGCGAAGACUAUCAAGCUCAAGUACGGCAACCGUGCGCAUAACAUCCCGGCUCUUGACCUUACCACGGGCAAGUGCCAUAUCACCUCGCAGAACCACGGAUACGCAGUUGACCCUACUACCCUGUCCAGCGAAUGGAGGGAAUACUUUACCAACCUCAACGACCAGUCCAACGAGGGUCUGAUCCACAACUCCCGUCCCAUCUUCAGCGCCCAGUUCCAUCCCGAGGCUAAGGGUGGUCCUCUAGACUCUGCAUACCUCUUCGAUAAGUACAUGGAGAACGUGCAGCAGUACAAGAGCCACCAAAACAGCUUCUCAGAGAAGAGCAACAAGCCCAGUCCUCUCCUCGUCGACUUGCUGAGCAAGGAGCGUGUUGGCUGCCACCCUGAUGCACCAGACUUUGAGGGUCACGCGGCGGGUAUGGCCAAUGAGGAGAUCACAGUCGGUGGACCCGUCGCGCCGUCCUACCAGCCCAUUACUCAGAAGCCCGUUGCCUCUGCUGCUUAG